AUGGCGGAGGAUUUGGAAGGUCUGUAUGGAAGGUUGUCCUUAACGGAAUCUGAGGAAGAAGUGGUUUUCGUCGAUGAAGAGGUGGUUCGCGAUACUGUUCGUCGGGGCGAAAGGUGUUUGAUAAUUCAGUUCCUGACUCUGAAACACUAUAAUAAGGAAGCUUUGAAGCAGAUGCUGCGAAGAAUUUGGCGUCCUGCGAAGAUGAUGCAUAUUCAAAACCUAGAUUCAAAUUUCCUGAUUGCAGAGUUUGAUGAUGUUAAAGAUAAGGAGAGAGUGGUCAGGGAUGGCCUAUGGACGUUUGAUAAACAGUUGGCUUUAGUCAAAGAUUUUGAUGGUGCUCAACAAACGCAAAUGUUGCAUCUCACUGAGGCGUCAUUCUGGGUGCGAGUUCACGAUCUGCCUCUGAUGGCCCGCAAUGAGACUGUGGGUAAAUUGAUUGGAAAUGCGCUAGGUAUUGUAGAGGAAAUUGACCUACUGGAAGGGGAACUUGCUUGGGGUGAAUAUUUGCGGAUUCAGGUUUGUAUGGAUAUUACAAAGCCUCUGUUAAGGGGCAAAAAAUUUUGUGUUGGUGCUCAUGUGCCUUAUUGGGUAAGAUUCUCUUAUGAGAGAUUACCUGAUUUUUGCUACGUGUGUGGGAGAAUUGGUCAUGCUCAGCAAGACUGUGAUCAGAGGGAAAGCAAUGACUCGCAUCAGGGUCCUCUUCCUUAUGGUCAAUGGUUGCAUGGACUAGGUCGUGGAGGAAAAAUCUCUGAGGGUUCAGGGCAUCCUCAACCAUCUGCGGUGAAGGGGGUGCCGGACCCUGGUUCCCGUAAAACAUGCACUGUUGCGGAAGCCGUUAUUGAAACGACAAUGUUGAAACCCUUGGGUGCUGAUUUUUUGGAAAUUCCAAACCCACCCAUUAAGGCGAUAAAUUUAACUGAGUGA